AGUUUAAUGAUCAAUGUUAAUGGUCAACAUAACAAAUGUUUUGAUUGUGUAGUCAAUAUUCACAAUUGUAGGCCACCCAAAGACCUUUUUAAAUUCACAGUACCACAAAAGGAUUCUACGAAGGCCGUACAGAGGGAAUAUGACUCGGGAUCUGAAUCGGAGGUAGAUAAGUGUAUAAGGCCUGAUAUGAAUUUAACUGGUGUUUUGAACGGUGUUCUGUGCUCCAUUACUAAAGAUAAGACCUGUGGCGUAAUAUCAAACAACUAUAAUGACGAGGGUGCUGUAUGCUGGGCGUGUGCGACAGCCUGUCAAUGUGAUCGAAUUAAAUUCUCAAAAGCUGCAAGAGAAGCAGACCUUACAUCGUUUAUCUAUUUGGAAUCUUUUCAAAUUUUAGUGUGUAUAAGCGGAUUGGGUAUUUAUUGAUACAUUUUCAAAUACCUUGA